CCAUGCAAUUUUUAAGUUUGCGCUUGUUUCAUCUAAUGUCUGCCAUUAAGGGAGAGGCAAAUAUGUCGAAAGUAAUACUUGUGAUUAUGAUAAUGGUGGCUACAGUUUUGGGAGAAGUAGAGAUUGAUAGAAGCAGUUUUCCACCUGGAUUUAUCUUUGGAACGGCCUCUUCUUCCUAUCAGGUGGAAGGUGCGUAUCUGGAAGACGGAAAGGGUCUAAACAAUUGGGAUGUUUUUACGCACACUCAUCCAGAAAAUAUUGCUGACGGAAGUAAUGGGGAUGUGGCUGAUGAGCAGUAUCAUCGUUACAAGGAAGAUAUAGAUUUGAUGAGUUCCCUUGGGGUGGACUCCUAUCGCUUCUCCAUAUCAUGGUCUCGCAUUCUUCCAGCUGGAAGAGGAGCUGUGAACGUGAAGGGAAUUAAGUUUUAUAACAAUCUCAUAGACACUCUACUGUCAAAGGGAAUCGAACCAUUUGUGACGUUGAAUCAUUAUGAUCUUCCACUGCAAUUAGAGGAUUCGUAUGGGGGCUGGUUGAGUCCCCACGUAGUGAAGGAUUUCGAAGCAUUUGCAAACAUUUGCUUUGCAGCAUUCGGGGACAGAGUGAAAUACUGGGCAACAUUCAAUGAGCCCAAUAUAUUUGUCCAGGGCGGUUAUCUUACAGGAACUUAUCCCCCUUCUCGGUGUUCUUGGCCCUUCGGGAACUGUACCGAUGGCAACUCAAAAACCGAACCCUACAUUGCUGCUCAUAAUGUUAUAUUAUCACAUGCAGCAGCGGUUGAUGCCUAUAGAACCAAAUAUCAGAGCAAACAGGGAGGGUCUAUUGGUAUAGUAAUCUCGUCUUCAUGGUAUGAGCCUCUAAGAAAUAUACCAGAUGACAGAGCUGCCGUUGAGAGAUUGUUGGCAUUCGACACUGCCUGGUUUCUCGACCCAAUUGUUUAUGGGGAUUAUCCUCCUGAAAUGCGCCGAAUGUUAGGGAGGCGUCUCCCUACUUUCCCCAGAGAAAUGUCAGAGAAAGUAAAGGGUUCUUAUGACUUUAUAGGCAUUAACCAUUACACAACAUCGUAUGCCAAGGACUGCCUCUUCUCGCUGUGUUAUAAAAUACAGUAUUGUCCAGAUGCAUUAGUCUAUAUAACUGGUGAGAGAGACGGAGUACCUAUAGGAGAGCCGACGGGCAUGGAAGGAUCUUUUGUUGUGCCAUAUGGAAUGGAAAAAAUUGUGAUGUACGUCAAAGAAAGAUACAACAAUCCUGUAAUUAUUAUCACGGAAAAUGGUUAUGGUCAACAAAAUCAUCCGUCAGUCCCAUUGGCAGAUGCUCUGAAUGAUGAUCGAAGAGUCAACCAAAUGGAAAGCUAUCUCACCUAUUUGGCAGCGGCCAUAAGAAAAGGAGCAGACGUGAGAGGUUACUAUGUGUGGUCAAUUCUGGACAAUUUCGAAUGGUUAUACGGCUACACUAAACGCUUUGGGCUUUACUAUGUUGAUUACGCCACUCAGAAACGAAUUCCAAAGCUAUCUGCCAAGUGGUAUAAGAACUUCCUCAGCAAAAAUCAUGGAUCGCACAACAUUCCACAAGUCAAGGGGCGAACCAACAAAAUGAAGCAACUCUUCUCUGAUCAAGCACAAGCUAUAUAAAAUGAAAUGACCACCAUCAAGGACAAUUUGUUAUAAGUAAUUUAUUAUUAGCAUCCGUCUUUUUGCAAUAUUCUUGUAAUGAAAAUAUUUUAAUCAGUUAUUAUCUGUACUUAUUAUGUAAUAUUAUAUUUUUUAAACUUAUGAUCUAUUAUGGUAAUUGC